UCUUUUCAUCAGCCUUCGCAAAUUUUUAGGGUUUUUCUUCUUUACCUUCCAUAGAUUCGAGUUGCAGAGGUUAAAGUGACGGCAUUGUUAGCUGUCCACCUUGUACGAACUCUAGCUUCGUCUUGGCCCUCAGAUUUUGUACCUAAUCCCUAGUUUUAGGUAUAUUUGUAGAUUUGUUUUGAGUAGCAAUGGCGGUGAAACCCACUAAAGCGGAAAAGAAGAUUGCUUACGACGCGAAGCUGUGUCAGCUACUGGACGAGUACACCCAGAUCCUUGUCGUGGCGGCGGACAAUGUCGGUUCGAACCAGCUCCAGAGCAUUCGGAAGGGUUUGCGAGGCGACUCGGUCGUUCUCAUGGGUAAGAACACGAUGAUGAAGAGAUCUAUCAGGAUGCAUGCUGAGAAGACGGGCAACAAUGGUUUCCUCAACCUCAUCACCCUCCUCCAGGGCAAUGUCGGGCUUAUCUUCACCAAGGGUGACCUGAAGGAAGUGAGCGAGGAAGUUGCCAAGUACAAGGUUGGAGCUCCUGCCCGUGUGGGAUUGGUUGCGCCGAUUGACGUGGUUGUGCCUCCUGGCAACACUGGUCUCGACCCAUCACAGACCUCUUUCUUCCAGGUGCUUAACAUUCCUACCAAGAUUAACAAGGGUACUGUCGAAAUUAUCACCCCUGUGGAGCUCAUCAAGAAGGGCGACAAGGUUGGAUCCUCUGAGGCUGCCCUUCUGGCCAAGCUAGGCAUCCGACCCUUUUCGUAUGGUCUCAUAGUUCAGUCAGUGUACGACAAUGGGUCUGUCUUCAGCCCCGAGGUUCUCGAUCUCACCGAGGAUGACCUUAUGGAGAAGUUUGCUGCUGGUGUCUCAAUGGUCACCGCUCUAUCUCUCGCCAUCUCUUACCCGACCCUAGCCGCUGCCCCUCACAUGUUCAUCAAUGCCUACAAGAAUGUGCUUGCUGUUGCCAUAGCAACGGAGUACACAUUCCCUCAGGCUGAGAAAGUGAAGGAGUACCUGAAGGAUCCUAGCAAGUUGGCUGUUGCGGCUGCCAUGUCUGCAGGAGAUGGUGGUGCAGCUCCAGCUGCUGCCUCCAAGGAAGAGGAGAAGAAGGAAGAACCGGCGGAAGAGUCUGACGACGACAUGGGUUUCAGCCUGUUUGAUUAAACUAAUACUAUACGUGUUUUUUUUUUUAAAUAAUUAUAACGAAAAGGUCGCGAUAUUCAUAGCAAAAGAAACGUGUUCAUGUUUUGCAGAAGCACAACUACAAAAAAAAUAAAAUAAAAAAUCCUUGUGUGGUUGAGCCUUAUUAUACUA